CCACGAUCCACGACUUUACCUUUCGUCACAACCUCCCCCAUCCCCACUUGUCACUAUGUAUGACGCCCUCGUCCUCGGCGCCGGAGUGUACGGCCUGACCAUUGCGACUGAGCUGUCGAACCGCGGCCUCAAGGUCGCCGUCGUCGCGCGCGACCUCCCCGAAGACGAGUAUAGCACGGGCUUCGCUAGCCCAUGGGCCGGCUGUAACUGGUGCACGUUUGAGGAGCGCGGCGACACUCCCGCGGCCGAGUGGGACGCCAUCACCUUCAAGUUUCUCGGCCGCCUGGCGCAGGAGCACCCCAACCUCUGCCGCCGCAUUCCCUUCUGGGACCUGUGGAACGCGAAGAAGGCGACGCCGUGGUACAAGGGGCUGGUGUUUAAUCUCGAGGAUGUAGACGCCACGCCUUCGAAGCCGCUACCGGGCGGCUUCCCCCACGGCGUCAAGUACGAGUCCUACAUCUUGCACGCGCCAAACUACCUGAAGCACUUGGCUGCUGGUCUGCGCGCGCGCGGCGUGCCGCUCAUCCGCCGCCGCCUCGCGUCGCUCGACGAGGCCUACGACCUGCCCGAGACGGGCAGCGUCGACCUGGUGGUCAACGCGCUCGCGCUCGGCAACAAGUCGCUCCUCGGUGUGGAAGACGACAAAAUGUAUCCCGCGCAGGGCCAAACGGUGCUCGUCAAAGCGCCGCUGGUGAACACAUGCACGAUGGCGACCGGGACGGUUGACAAAGCGGGCCCGGCGAGUGAGUCGGCGUCGGCUGUCCGCGCGCUCUGCCUCGCGGUCGCGGACGCCGAAGCCACGCUCGGGCAACCAAACCUGACAGCAGGCGCGGACAAGGCGUCCGCCGACGCGAUCGCGUACAUCAUCCCGCGCCCCGGACCGGAAGGACACGUCGUGUGCGGCGGCACCUUCAACAAGAACAACUACAGCACGCUGCCGUCGCUGCGCGAGGCCGAGCGCAUUUUGCAGGCCUGUUUCGCGCUCGACCCCCUCCUCGCCGGCCCGGGGCCGGGCAAGACGUGGCGCGACAUCGAGGUCGUCGCGCACAACGUCGGCCUGCGCCCCGCACGCGAAGGCGGGGUGCGCCUCGAGCUCGAGAAGCGGACCGUCGGCGGCGCGGGUGCAGCCCUCGCCCCCAAGUCGCGCGCGACGGGCGCGCGCAACGUCGCAGUCGUGCAUGCCUACGGGCCCGGCGGGACGGGAUACCAGUCCAGCGUGGGGCUCGCGCAGAAGGCCGCGGACAUUGUCGUCGGGCAUCUCCGCGCCGUGCCCGCUGCAUCGCGGCUUUAACUUGCAAGGCGAGGGGAUGCAUUGUUCAUGUCAGGGGUGAUUGGAAGAGUGGGCAAUUGGGCGGGCAGCAAGCGGUGACGAAAACACCCUCGGGAUAGCGGAAAUACUGGGGGGUUGCGGGACGGCGGGUUAGUCACCGCCGUUGCUUCUUCGCUUUCUCUGGGAGAUGCACAUGGACUCAGGUGCGCUGCUGUCGUAUGGUUGUGAUCUUGGCCUGAUAACGCAUCCCUCGUAUGCCGUGAUGCCCAUGCCAUGCACGAGGUUG